AUGGGGACCUCAGCGGCCGAGGGAACGGAUCUCUGGAAGCAAAUAGACGACGCCGAGUGCUAUCUGGUCAGCGGAUCGUUCGACCAAGCGGUUUUGACUGCAUUGUCUGUGUCUGAUCAAAUUCGAGCGGCCAAUAGAGAAAGAGUAUGGGAUGAUGAUGAACUUUUGGAGAUGCUCGAAUUAGUUGGCAUUGUACUCGUUCAAGCACUUAAAGAGCUCAGAAGGACAACUGAGAUGUUUGUUCAGCUUAAAGCUAUGUAUGGUUCAGUGGCAUCAAUACCGGUGAAGGUUUUCCUGACAGGGGCUACCAUGCUAAUGGCAGAAGGUUCUGGGCCUGACCUUCGACCAAUUUUUGAGGACUUCCUUGCUAAAUGGAGAUACACAGAUGAUCAAGUUUAUGUUUUGAAUGGAGAACAGGAAAUAACUUCGAAUGGUCUUAUUGUUACAUCAACUAUGACAACUGAAGAGUAUUUGGAGGUGGUGGAAUUGUAUACAGUUACAUUCCUUAGCAUUGCCUCUCAUGAGCCUGAAAAUGCCAUCUCAUGGGUAAAAAAGGCAGAAUUGAUUGAGCAAGAUCGACAGGAGCUGCUAGAAAAACUUAAUGAACUUCAAGCAGCUGGAAAUGAAAAGUCAUCCACUGCUACAGGAGCAAAACAAUCAGCAGAGAGGAACCUUUCCGCUUCUGAGAAAAGCCCAACACCAGCAACCCAUGAGGAUGCUCCGACAAGCACCACACGUGCACCCAAUGUGAAAACAAAUGGCUUACCAAAGUACAUUGAGCCUUCCCUUCAGCGCGUCCCAAAUAACUUUGAUCCCAUGUUUUGGUGGUUCCAUUCGGUGCGCGUAAAGUUUGGCAGAAUGCAUAUUGUUCUACCAAGUGGUAAGCUAAUGCUUCUGUUCUCGCUGCUGUUCUCGACAGUCUACGUUCUACGGAGGAAAGGCGCCGGCUUGAAGAGGGCGGUGUUCCAACACGCUUCGUCCCUGCGACGGGCGUUCCUCGAUGCCCUCCAGCUUGCGUUCUCCGUCCAGAUGAACCCGCUAGCGGCUGUUCAACAGACGCCGCAGGCCCCUCGAGGAAGCUGGUGA